ACACUUUUUUUGUCACUCUACUUUUCUUACAAUGCAAUUUUUAUUUUUUUAUUUUUUUUCUUUCUUUUUUUUUAAUGUUCAAUGCUACAGCAUAAAAAAACAAAACCAUCUUCAAACGAUUACUAAAACCGUUCCACAAAGAUUUUUAACGAUACCAUCUAACACAGAUUAUAAAAUAAAUGAAGAAGAGCAACUCAAACAAGGAUUGUCUGAUGCGCAAAAAGGUGAAGAAGCAAGCUUGAAUAAUGAUCCUGACGUUGCUGAACAUGAAUUCGAGCUUGGUGCAGGACGUUUAGAAGCUGCAAGUAACGACGCUAGUGUUCAAUCACAAAACCAGGACAAAGCAAAAACACGCCAACAAAACGAACAUGAGUUAGCUCAAAGACUAGAAGAUCUUGCAGAAAGUAAUAGAAAAUUAGCUGCAGAGAAACAAAUUUCAAAACCUUCAAAAUUGAAAGGUAAAGAAGAAAAAGCAUCUGGUGCAGAAAUCGAUACCGAGGAGGAUGAAGAAUCGAAUGAGCAAAAGGAUGUAGAAGAGGAUGAAAGAAAAUCUGAAGAAGAAAACGUACAAAAAGAUGCGCAAGAUGAACAAAAAGAUAUAGAGGAUGAACAAAAAGAAUCAGAAAGCGGAGAAAAAGAGGAAGAAGAAAAUUCAUCAGAAGCGUCAUCCGAUCAGCGAAAAGAAGACGAGGACACCCAAACUCCUGAUGGAACAGCUUCUUCAAAAAACCGAAAAGAUAACAACGACGACGAAGUCAAAAAACCAAAAACAAGAAAAGAUAAAGCGGAAGAAGGGAAAGAAAGGAAAAUCAAGCAGUUGAAAGAAAAACAGGCUAAUGAGGCAUCAAGUGCUAAUAAAACAACUAAAACAAAUAAUGAUUCUCCUAAAGAAAAAUGGUCUCUUGAUGCAAAUGAUGAGUAAAUUUUUACUCAAUAAAAAAAGGUUACUAGUGCGGUAAAGUAGAAUUUUUUGUUGACGUUACACGCAGUCGCAAGACAACAUUAAUCUGGAGCGCUAUGGUAAAACACAUAGGCUUGAAUUGUGCUGGUAAUUUUUUCAAGCGUGAAAAAUUUAUUUUUCAAAGAAACAUUUAAU